CUUAGAAGAAUUAGGUUAUUAUAUAAGAACAUUUCAGUUAAGUUUAACGAAAAAACGUCUAAUAAUUAAAAUGCGCACUUUUAUUGUAUUGUGUUUGGUGGCUGUGGCUUAUGCCGACAAAUUGGGUUACAAUUAUAGGCCUGUCGAACACUCAAGUUCAGGAUUAUCGUUUACACCUGGUUCUGGUAUUGGUAGUGGCUUUUCUGGGCCUGCUUCUUAUGAUGGCCCCUCUACAGCUGCAGAAUAUCAAAAAGAAUUCUAUACAUUCAGUGCACCCGAAGGUGCUUUUGACGAUCCAGAGGCAGCCCAAAAAAUUGCUGGUGCAUUGAAAAAGAACCUACGUGUUGUGUUUAUAAAGAAUCCUGAAAACAAGGGUUACGAAAACGCUGUUCUUGCUUUGGCCAAACAAGCAGCCCAGCAAAGGACAGCAAUCUAUGUUCUUAACAAACAACAUGACAUCUCCGCCUUGGCAGACAAAUUCAAUGCCCUGAACAACAAUAAGAACCAGAAACCCGAAGUACACUUUGUCAAAUACCGUACUCCAGAAGAUGCUGCCAAUGCGCAAAGAGCCAUUCAAAGUCAAUACGAUUCUUUGGGAGGUACUUCUCACAACCACAAUGGUGGUGUUGCACCUGUACUUAAUUUUGCUUCACAAGAUCCCAUCCGCCAAGGACACGUUCAAUCACCUAACAGUGCUUAUUUGCCUUCCUCCGUUUUACGUCGAUUACGUUAUUGAGGUUUGUGAACAAUUUUUUGAUUUUUCGACUGAAGUUUUUCAAAAAUUGUUA